CGGGGCCGUCGAUGUGGAAUUCGGUUUUAAUUUCUUUAGCUUGAGAGGGGGAUGAUACGUAACGGUUUUGCGUAGUGGGGUGAGCGAACGAGGAAUGAUAUUUAAAGAGUUAGAAUGAUAAUUUAUUUGAAGAGUUAGGCGUGGAGUAAAAUUUGAAGAGAUUUCUGAAAGAGUUGGAGAGAGGAAUAAUAUUUGUAAGAGAUUUGAGAAGAGUGGUGGAUGUAUAAAAAUGCAAGGGUUGCAUUACAGGCAGGUUGCGGCGGAGACGAAUCGGCUGGCGGGGCUUCAGCUGAGAAAUCAGGCAGAGAGAUUUGAGAGCGGCGCUGAGGCGGUGGAACGUUUGGCGGCGGAAAAUGCAGUGCUCAUCUUUAGCGUUACGUCGUGUUGCAUGUGUCACGUCGUAAAGCGGCUGCUUUGCAGUUUGGGCGUAAAUCCGGUGGUUAUUGAGCUUGACGAGGAGGAUGAAGGGCUGAGCAGAGAUAUUCUCAAGGUUUUGGCUUCCAUGGUGGGCGGUGGCGGCGGAGAAAAGGUGUCGCCGUCGGCGGCUCUGCCGGCUGUGUUUGUUGGAGGAAAGCUGCUCGGCGGCCUUGAUCGACUUAUGGCGGCGCAUAUUAGCGGCGAUCUUGUUCCCAGCCUUAAGGAAGCUGGGGCCUUGUGGCUCUGAAAGUUUGUAUUUUUUCUGGUUCUUGCAGGCUUUUUCUUAGGGCUUUGGUCGAAUGAACCUGGAAAAUCUUGUAUUUUGUUUUUCCUUUUUUUGGAAUUGUGCUUUGAUGUACAAGCAAAGAAGGGUGAACUGGUUUCUUAAUUAAGAAAAAAGAAUGAAUGAAACAAAGUGUUUUGGUGGUAUUUUGAUAUAAGACAAUGGAUUCUUUUUGUC